GUUCACAGUUGGCUGUAGCCAAGAGAAGUGAGAUUCUAUAUCGCAUCUUCAUCCGAAAGUGGUGAAAGAAUCGGUCCUACCACGUUUUCUAUUGCGACAUCCCUGUCGAGACGACGAGAAGGAGAAAUUGUCACAAAAAAUAUAAGCUUUUCUUGAGUGAAAGUGAAUUCAGAGAAAAUUGAGACAGUUUGAGACCCGUUUUAGAUUUGCAUUCUAAUAACACGGCACGUUUUAUAAAGAAAAUUAGUUUGUACUUCGGUUUAAGAGUGAAACACAAUUUUGGUCAAGUGGAGAAAUUUGCAAAUGUAUCGAAAAUACUGAGAGAAAGAUAACUCUGACGAGGGACGAAAUUAGACGAGAAUUUCUUACAUAAAAAAUCCGUCAUCCAUUUCCAACAUGGACCUGAAACUUCGCUGCAGUGCGGGCGGUUGUGACUGCAAAUCCUUCUGCGCUGCUGGGGACACUGCCGAAUCAUUAAGAAUUUGCGAUAAUUGCAGCCACACCUGGAUAACACAUUUGUUGGAGAAGCUAAUGACUGCUGCGGAGGAUCAAUUGACAGUGUUUGAUGUUUGCAGCUUGGCCUUGUAUGGGACACACGCGUUGCCAAUACGGAUCAAAAUUGUCAUUGAAAGACUUCUCACCACUUUGAGUACGGACGAUAUUGAGAAAAUCCGACGUAGUUUCGGCUGGACUCUGCAAGAUUUGGCGAGGGGGUACAUGGUUCAGAAUCCUCGCGGAGGCGUAAUAACAAGUUGGUCCCUCAUACCUACAGAAGAAGAGCUCAUAAUUCUACAACAAUUUCUCCGCUUUCCAGUGACCAAACCCAUAAGUCUUGCCCUCAUUAAGGAAGACUUUCCCAUGGUCAAUGUGAAUAACAAUAUUGUUCAAUCAUCUCCCCCAAAUAGCAUCAAUAUUUCUCCCAACAACAACGACAACAACGAUCGUGGUACCCUCACGAACGGCAGUUUGAAUGGGAAGCAUCACUACCCAAAUCACAAACCACUCCCACAAACGACCUCACCAAAAUCAAUCAGCCCCAUUCACCAGCUCAGUUCUGCGCUAGGAAUUCAGACUGCGAAUAAGAGUCUCCAUCAACACCAUCAAAACCACCCAGCUUCCGGUUUGUCAUCUAGUCUUCCAUCAUCAGGUCUCAAAAUGAGGUCCACAAGUCCGCGAGGAGGUCAAGACCCAGUGUCACUUCUCGCCUCAUCGGCAGCCCUCAAUCUCUCAGUGUCUCAAAACUCUUCCGAUGAUUCCGAGUCUGAGCGUGAUUACUACGAGAGGCGGAGAAAGCAUGAGCAACACCACCAUCACAAUCAUCACCAUAAUCAUAACCAGCACAGGUCUCAAUCGCAAUCACAGCGACAACAAUUGCCCGAUUCGGUGAUGGACUUGAGUGUCAAGCCGGGAUCUGGUGGCAGUUCGGGUGGUUGCUCAGCCACAUCUCUGAACAAUGCGGCGGCAGCCAGUCUUUUAAAGGCGAGGGGGAUGACGGUAUCACAAGCCCUCAAAUCGGUUCGGCAGGGUAACAGCUCUCCAAAAGCGGGACAAAAUCCACCCAGUUUUGAAGAUAAUUUUAACCAAACGCUGGGACUUAUGGGGAUGGGGAUGAAUAUGUCGGCCCUUCUCAGUAAUUUGGGCAACAUUAAAUCAACCGAUCUCAUGGCGGCCGCUGCAGCCCAACAAUUCUUAUCCUCGGUUACGGCAAGUUUGCAGCAACAACAGCAACAGCACCAACAACAAAAGAAGGCAAUGAGUUUGAGUGGACAAACGUCUUCUUCGGGGUCUACGUCCCCCGGGAUGCCAGGGAUCAACGGUGGCGUCGUUGGGGGAAAUGCACCAUCCAGCAAGCAUUCUCCCAUCAACAGCAGUACCACCACUAACAGCAGCAGUAUGAACUCACUUAAGCAAGAAAAUGUGUCCAUGCGACAAGAUCAUCAUCAUCAACAUCAUCACCACCACCAGUCCCCGAAUAAUUCGACUUCUUCUUCUUCCAACAACAAAAAGGCGAGCACGGGGGGAAAGAGAUCUUGGAAUCCUUUACCAGCUCCGGUGGCAAUGGCGACUCAUUUGGUGAAUCCUGCAACUGGCAAGAGACGCGUUCAAUGUGCCGUCUGUCUCAAAACAUUCUGUGACAAGGGUGCCCUGAAAAUCCACUUUAGUGCAGUUCACCUUCGUGAAAUGCACAAAUGUACGGUGGCCGGAUGCUCGAUGAUGUUUAGCUCACGAAGGUCGAGGAAUCGUCACUCCGCAAAUCCUAAUCCAAAACUACACUCUCCCCACAUUCGGAGAAAGAUUUCACCCCACGAUGGUCGCACGGCGGGUCCUGCUCUCAAUAUCAACAGCCCCACGCUCAUGCUUCCACCAGGAAUGCGGUAUCCCCCCUUCCUCUCCGGCCACCUUCCGGGUCUCGGCUCACCAAAUGGAGACUGCGAGGAUGGAGGUGCCAUGCAAGACGAGGAUCAAGAUUUCAGCGAUGACGAGGAUUUGGUCGCGUCCGGCAUGAUGGUCAAGAUGGACAAAGAGGAACAAGUCAAUAAUGACGACUACAUGUCGGAUGAGGGCAGUUUCUCAUCGACUAACGAGGACUCUUCGACUGCAAAAUUCUCUCCCGAAGUGAUCACCAAGACGUGCAGCAGCAGUGGAGGAGACGGUAGUAAGCAGGACGGUGCUCGGAAACGGAAACGAGCAAACCCUGUCCGUCUUCCCAGUGUUCCGGAUGAUUCAAACGACGAAUUCUGCUGUUAUGAUGAUGGAACCACGGUUGUGGGAAAUAGCAGCAGCACCAACGAAGACGACGAUGCCACGACCACCAUCGCGACCGAUGGGAUGACAGGGUCACCAAAACGGUUUAAAGAUGAAGAAGAAGGGGAAACCAAGUCUCAAUCUCCCCCGAUCCAGGAGGAUGAUGUAGAAGAAGACGAUUCCGCAGCUGCCCUAGAUUUGAUCAGUAGCCCGACCUCAAAAAACGAGAAAAGUAAUGACAAGGAGGAAUCAACACUGGAUGCUGAUGAUGCCGAGCAAAAGUACAAUCACACUACAAAAAGCAGCCCAAUAAGUGGAAACCAUUCAGAAAACGGAGAUGACAAAGCACAAGGAGGAGAAAACGAACAAGAAUUUCUUGAUGACCAACCCAGCCCAAAGUCCCGUCGGGAUCAAGCCCAAGAUGUGGAUCAUUUAGGACGACUUCAGAAUCUCCCAAUUUUUUCUUCCUCUUCUAUCAAAGAAGAGAACGAUUCUGAAGAAUCGUCCGAACUUGGGAAAUCUGACGAUGAUGAGGAAAACACGGGGAGGUCGAAUUCCUCUUCAAAUGGGUACAUUCCAAUAGAUCGCGAAAACCCGAGAAAGUGUUCAGCAUGUGGGAAAGAAUUUCAGAAUCAGUUUGGCGUAAAGGUCCAUUAUCAGAACGUACACUUAAAGUUGAUGCACCGUUGUUUGGUGAACGGUUGCAUGAGUGCAUUCCCUUCAAAACGGUCGCGAGACCGUCACUCUUCUAAUUUAAAUCUGCACCGAAAGCUUCUCAGCACCUCACCCACCGAUUAUUCACCCAGUGGUCGGUCACCCUCUCCACCCUCGUCCACGGGGUCUGCACCCGACCUGAGUAGUAUCAGUCCACGACCACGAGAACGCCGGCCUCCUGCCACCACAGAAAUCGAUUUCAUGACCACGGCCACCACCAAUGCACUCUCAUCCUCCGUUGGUAACUCCAACCAGGGCUUGUCCAUGUUUAACCCCUACAUUUUCAGGAACAAUCUGCUCCUCGAGAAUAGUUUGUAUAUUAACUAACUUAGUUAUUUAUUAUUGACGAUAUGGUGUAAUCAAAUAUAAUCGGGAGGGUAUUUUGCUCACCUGGUGGGCACACCCAUUCUUACUUCACGCAAUUCCACAAGUGUACAUACAUUCGCAGUUUUGUAGAAAAAAUUGUUUUAAAAACCAACCUCGUCGUAAUCAACUGCUCACCAAAACUUUUGCUUAAAUAUAGAUUUAAUACUUAAUUGUUAGUUUAUAUAAGAAAUGAAUCAACAGGAUUUUAUAGCCUGAACGAAAUACUCAUUAAAGGUUCCCAUUCUUUAAAUGUACAAUUUAUCCACUCAUUCAUUCAUUCACUCAUUACACUUUCACCUUAAUAAUCUUAACUUACCUUAAUUAUUAUGCAAUAGUUAGAUAGAUAUUUAUAGGAAUACAGUCUCAUCUACAACGCCGCUCUAGAACUAGUCACAAUUCAUGAGUUUACCACACAUAAUCGAAUUAUGAUGAUAAACGUGGAAAAAAAUGACACAAAAUAGUGAAAGUAAAUUGUACAUACUUAAAUACAUAAGUAGCAGCUCACUCACUUUUAAUGACUCAAAUGAACAAAGCUUUACAGCACAUUUUAAUUAAAUGGGUAGGAUUAAGUAAGCAAAACCCACGCACUGCUUUAUCUCAAGAGGGAAGAGGAGAAAGGCGAUUCAAUCAAUAUAAAAUGACAAAAUGUGUCAUUCUUUUAAAUACUUACAAAGUGUAAAAUAUUGUAUGUACUAUUCGAAAAAAUAUUGAAAUGACACGUCUCAGAUUUCAUAGUGAUAUUAUUAUCAAAUUUUUGUCCCAUUGUUUUAACUAAGUUUAGUUUUAUUUCGUACAAAUCUUCUGCACUUGGUAGCACACAAACACACACCUCUAUUAUGUAUUUAGCUGAUAGAUAUUUAACCAGCAGUGAGAAAGAACAUACCAUUUUUUCCGUCACAAAAUGCCCCUUAUGACAAGUUGUUAUUUAAUUCUUAAUAAAUACGUAUAGCAAUAGUUUUAAUGCCAAAAAAUAAAACCGAAUGUAAACAUGGUUUUGCUGUUUAAAGCAUUUGUGCAAUCAAAUCGUAUAAAUAAUUGUUCAUGAAAUCUUGAUGUAACGAUUUAAAAUUGAAAUAAAAUAUGACGCUUGAAAAUUAA